CGUCAGAUUCAUCAUUUCGAUAGAAUUUAUGAAUACCGAAUAAGAUUUUCAAAAGUAUAAGAAAGUUAUCCAAAUUCCGCAUGAAACAUUAAAUUUCAAUUUUUUAUAUAAUAUGAAUUUCAAAUAUAUUUACGGCAUGUUUAUGACGGGAAUACUAUUUCCUUUAACCAGAGGGCACAGAGAAAUGCUUUUCGAUUUUACAACUAUGGAAAGUGCAGAUGAUUGGAAAGAGAUAUCGGACACUGUUAGAACAGUGGGGAAGUCGAAAGCAAUUUUAACAUUGCAAACGACGCAAGUUUUCCAACGUGCAAUACUUUUUACGCUUCUGAACCCACAACCAAACGGUGCUGGUUUUGCAGGGGUACGAACAAUGACAAAUUUAGACUUAUCAAAUUUUGAAAAUAUUGAAAUUAAUUGCCGAGGGCAAGGCAGUAACAGUCACUACAAAGUUGUUCUUAGACACAAAGGACAACAUUCAAACAGGGAUAUAACAUACGAACAAUUUUUUAUGGUACCAAUGUCGAGCAGUAACUUUUCAACAGUGGCAUUGCCUUUGGCAAAUUUUAAACCGUAUUAUCGUGGACAUGAAGAACCUGAUGCAGAACAUUUAGAUACUGCAAGCAUUACCAUGUUCGGUUUACAAGUAUACGGUGGAGUUUAUUUACCAAUUAAACAGAAGGGUGUAUCAGCAUUAGAAUUACAAAAUAUUUCUGCAUCGUAGUUGUAACGUUACAAUGUAAAUGCAAAUGGUUAGAGAGAUAUUGUCUCACUACAUUUUAUAAACAUAUAAACAGUUAAGGUAAAGUCUGUCCAUUAAAAGUGAAUACCAAAAGAUGUAAGAUUUACAAGACACGUAUAAAUGUAACAAAUUUGUAAAGCUAUUUGACACAGAAAUAUGCUCUUCCAUUAAAUCUCAGUAGUAUCUUUCAUGCUAUACCGCAAAUUAUCGAUAGUUUUUUAUACAAACAAUUGACGAACAUGCUUAAAUUGUUUUUAAAACUAUUGCUGAUAGGAAAAUGAUAAUGUAUGUUACCGAGGAGUUCCAAGAACUCUUCCAAAUUCUGAACCUACCAAUCGUUUAAAUAACUUUCCUCAAGGGUAUUGUAUGACAUAAGAUCGUGAUUGAGUCUGUAACAAAAGACAAAUAAUUUAUAUCGCACAUCUGCACACUACAUAAAUCAAUCUACUUACGUUUUAAAUGCGUCGACUAUAUCUUGUACUUUAGAUGGAUGGCAAACGAUAGUUGUUUUACAUUCUUUUGGAUCAAACAAUGGUUUUAGAUACUGA